UAGUGACACCCAAUAUAUAUUUCCAUUUAUGGUCCUUCUCAUUUCGCGUUGACAUCAACAAAACUCCCACUUUCUCUCUAAUGAAGAAGAUGCAAGGUUUAUGGAACUUUCCUAACGACGACGUUUCGGUAGACCUGACGGUUCCUCCUACAGCACCACCACCGUUAUCCUCCUCCACCGCCUCGACAAGCCUAUCGUUCGAUGAAGAGGAGACUUCAGAGUCGAAGAUCGAACGGUUGAUAUCGGAGCAUCCGGUGCUCAUAUUCACUCGAUCCUCCUCCUGUUGCAUGUGUCACGUCAUGAAAAAGCUUCUAUCGACCGUUGGAGUCCAUCCAACAGUGAUCGAGGUCGACGAAGAAGAGAUAGCUUGCCUCGCUGUUCAAACCGCUCCGGUGCUCUUCAUCGGUGGUGCUUGUGUCGGUGGGUUCGAGUCUCUUGUCGCACUUCACCUUAGUGGUCAUCUAGUUUCUAGACUCGUCGAGGUUGGAGCCUUAUGGGCAUAAUUGUGCUAUUAUGAAAAUCUGGUAAUAAAAUCCAUUGUAUAUUUCAUGCUCUACUCUUUCUGUUCCUGAUUAUGAAACUGAAACACAAAAAAAUGUUUUAUU